AUGCGUUCCUCUAAUCUAACAUCAUCUUGUAUUAGCAACCGAGCGGCUCUUUCACAGAGCGGCUUAACGCCCACCAAGACGAGAACCUUCGGACUGUCCAACGCGUCUCAGCUAGAGUCUGCUGCUUCAGGACAUAGCCAUGUCAAAAUCUUUGACGAUGGCUCUCUCCAGCACCAACGCCUAGCGAUGUUUGAGGCGCAACACGUCUUAGAUGACAGCAAUGCCUAUGCUCGCUUCCAAGACAGCACCAAUACCGCUACCGCCAACAGAGACGAGGCAGCACGCAUUGCUUUCCAUCAGACUCGCGCUGCCGAAGCCAUCCAUCAGUUCGACAAUACCUUCAAUCUCAACAAGUAG